AUGCCGUCCAUUGCAAUAACUGGGACAACACGCGAUGUGGGCCUCGAACUUCUCAAGCAGAUAUCUGCCGAUCCUGAGAACCUCGUCAUAGGCAUCAAUCGCAACCCAGACAAUGCAAAAGCCGUUAUCGAAUCCGAGCUCCCUGGGCGUACCAACAUCAAGGUGGUCAAAGGUGAUCUCGACGACAGGGAGUCGCUUAAGGUUGCCGCCCAAGAAGUUGCGGCGAUCACGGGAGGAUCACUUGAUAUACUCUUUGUGAAUGGUGCUACUAGCUUCAUCGGCUUAGACACCGUUAGUGAGCUCGCGUUGGACAAGCCGGAUGUCUUCGAGCAUCAAAUGAAGAGCGGCUUCAACAGCAACGUUAUUGGCAAUUCGUACCUAAUCAGCUAUUUCGCACCUCUGAUUAGAGCAGGUGCGCUCAAGAAGAUUGUGGUCAUGUCGACGGGCCUAGCCGAUGGUGAUCUAGUUGCAGACCUCAAGAUCCAGUUUUCAGUGCCAUAUGGCCUGGUCAAAUGUGCGCUGAACUACCUCACAGCUUGCUUCCAUGCCGAAUAUAGUGGAGAGGGCAUUCUUGUCAUGGCUAUCGCCCUUCCCCCGCUUGUCACCUCACUCUCUCCAUUCCUAGACGUUCCUCCGGAGCUGAUGGAGAGAGUGCAGGCGCUAGGACAGGCAUUCGCGACCACCGUUCAAUCUUCACAUUACAAAUCUCGAUCCUUUUUGUUUGUAGCAGCACCGUUGAGAUCCAGUCAUGGCACUAUGAGCGAGGUUCGACAAGAAAGGUUCGAUCCGCUUCUCAUUGAGGGCGAUGGCUCUACCAACAAGCGCCACGAAACACACCAGGUGGCCUUUAUGGCCUUCCAUCAGUUGAAGCUCACCCGCCAGGCAGUCUUGGCAGAUAUCAAAUCGGUACGAUGGAAGAACUGGGCAGUCUGGGCUCUGAUCCUUGCGUGGAUUGUCACGAUAGCUUGGACUAUGGGGUUUGUGCUCACGAGAUACCCGUCUUGGAUCUCUUCCAGCGCCUGUCAUCCCGACGGGAACUUCGACCCAUUCACCAGAUACAGCUUGUGGCAAUCUUCAGGGUUCUUCCAGAUCACCUUGCCGUUCGGGAGUCUCACUUUCGCACAGGCCAAGGUCGUUGAUGUUGCCUGGGAUGUGCUUGUUGGCCGUGGUGGCCAGGCGCUCAUUGCGUACGUUUCCUGGCGUGUUGUUGCUAUCUACGUUGCAUCGUCAAUGCAAGUCACUCCCGUCACCUACCGGACGUUUCGCACGUUUUUCCUGGAUCGGGAGCCGUCUUUUAUGUCCAGCAUUUCUCUCAUAUCCGACUUCACCCGUCGACGGCGUCUCAACUCCCGCAUUGCUACGGUUUUCAUAAUGCUCGUCAUCGCUUUUGCGCUACUCUUCCCGACCCUGGCCAGCGCCAUGACCGGCUACACCCCUCGCAUCGAGGCCUUCAUCGCCGAUCACAACAAGAACUGGGUCCUAGUGACUAAUUUCAGGCCGGUUCUGUAUAUCAUACACGACGGCCCUCGUGUCGGUUUGCCUGCCGACUAUCCGAUCCUUCUUAGCGAUAGGAAACUCGACUUUGACGGGAUAUCGGAUUGGUUCUCAACUUCAUUGGCCGACUCAGUCUAUACAUGUUUCACGGACAAUAACCUCACUAGGUCCAGCUAUUGGAUGGUCUCGGAAGAUAUCUGCAACCUCCGGAAGAAUGCGUCGGAUUAUGUUUCCAAGUAUGGUUUCUAUGGCCUCAACAAUAGUACAGAGACAGAGUGGUAUGGCAGGAAACUGCCCGGGCCGGUUCUCAAUAUCUCGGCUACAUAUCUUCCCGACGAUUACGGGGGAAGGAGAGGGGACAGAUCCCCCUUCUCCCAUUUGAAGUCUCCCUUUGGUGCUGAUUGGGUCAAUGGUUCCGGGGAACAACCAUUCAAAGACAUGUCUAUGGCUAAGAUGGCCUAUGACAAUCGCGCGUUUGAUAUAUCGUCGUUUGAGGACAGGGGAAGCUGCCAGUCUCAAUCAGGCGACGUGUCAAAAAACUACGAGUAUCAAUGGGGGUUUUCCUUCCUUCAACUCUUCAUCCUGCUCUUACUAUUGAACUUAUGGGGCAUUGGGCUUUACAUCCUGUGGCUUAAAGGCCACCUAACUCUCAAGAUGCGGGACUCGGGACACGUUCCCCAGAACUAUACAGCGAUACUGGGACUCGCUGAUACCGUACGUGCCGAAUUGCAAGAGCUCGCCGAAGAUGCAGACCACUUGACAAACGAAGAGAUCGAAGCAAUUGUCGACAAGCAUCUCCAUGGAGGGCAAUAUGUGUCGGCGAAGCUCGAAGACCCUAGAUCAUUUGGCUUCGCGAGAGGUAUUUGGUGUUGGAUGAGGAAAGAAUUGAUCUGGGGAGUCGUGCUGGUGAUGCUAUUGGUUAUUGACCUCGCCCUGAGCGCGGCCGUGCCUCUGGAGGAUCCUGAUUCUGACACAUAUAACCCAACACCAAGGAAGUUGUGGGAAUUCUGCCUCUUCCUCACCCCUGGCUACCUUUUCACCUUGGCUGUGGGCCGGACUGCGAGGAGUCGGUUCGGGUUCUUAUUAGUAGCUGUCGCAGUCAGUGCGAUCAUCACUGGCUCGUUAGAGGCGACCGGUACUCGAUUGAUUCCAGACUAG